ACAAGUACGCUAAGAAAACACCAGAUUGAGCCAUAGAUCCUUGUCUCCCUUCCUAACCACUCGCCCCUUCUUCCAUCUCCGUCCGCCCCACGCCCCCACGAGUCUUCAUCCUUCCGUUCCCGUCACAAGGACACUGUCGAGAGGGAGAGGGAGAGAGAGAGAGGACGUGGGUCAAAAAGACGAGAGGGGGCAGCAACAUUGCAGUGCACAAGUCGGUGGCCUGUCUUCGUCAGGGAUCUCCUGAGACACUGACUCACGCCUCCCCCUCUACCCCACGGCACCGCUCUCACCCCGAGGCGUAGAGCAGCUGAAGCAGUAGCCGACAAACACAGGGAGGGAGAUCCGCCCUCUCUCUCUCUCUCUCUCUCCGCCUCCGCACUCCUCUUUUCCUUAUAUAGAGAUGGUUUCCGUCAUGAAAUGAACGGCGACGCCAGCCCCAAACCCGCGCCUUUUUUUGCCGUUUCCUUCUCUCACGAUGGUCCUCCACGACGCGGCGGCCGCGGCGGAUGCCGCCGAAGCGGACGCGGGUAGGGGGGAGGAGAAGAAGAGGCGGAGAAGGAAGCGGAAGGGGCGGGGGAGGAGGAAGAAGGCGACGGCCGAAGAGAUCCUUGCCUCCGGAUUCGUCCGACGGUGGGCCUUCCCUGAUGCCUCUGUCAACGACCACGACGGAGAUGGCGAUGACGGGAAGCCCACCGGAGCCGCGGGACGGGUGGUGUUCGAGUUCCACUCACACUCGACUUGUAGUGACGGGUUCUUGUCCCCGACGGCGCUGGUGGAGAGAGCGCACAGCAAAGGGGAUCUUUCGGAAUCGUACUCUGCCGCUUUUUCUGGAUUUGAGCGUGGUCUUCGUGAUCCAAAGUCCCUUCUAUUACUAAAAGAGCAGGUGGAUGUACUUGCUUUGACAGACCAUGACACCAUGGCUGGUGUAGCAGAGGCUGUGGAAGCUGCCAAUAAGUUUGGAAUUAGGAUAAUUCCAGGAGUUGAGAUAAGUGCCGUAUAUUCUCCUAGGGAAGAGUCUGAGACCGAGGAACCUGUUCACAUCCUUGCAUAUUAUGGUAGCUGUGGGCCUUCACAGUUUGAAGAUUUGGAGAACUUAUUGGCCAACAUUAGAUAUGGCCGUUACCUUCGUGCAGAGGAGAUGUUGGUGAAGCUUAGUAAACUCAAAAUGCCUCUUAAGUGGGAACAUGUCGCCAAGAUAGCAGGCGAUGGUGUGGCUCCAGGAAGGGUUCAUGUGGCUCGUGCCAUGGUUGAAUCUGGUUUUGUGGAAAACCUGAAGCAAGCUUUUAGUAGAUAUUUAUAUGACGGCGGUCCUGCCUAUGCUAAGGGCAGUGAGCCAUUCGCAGAGGAUGUUGUGCGAUUGAUUUGUCAAACUGGGGGUGUAGCAACCUUGGCUCAUCCAUGGGCAUUGAAGAAUCCUGUUGUCGUCAUCAGGAGCUUGAAAGCUUCUGGUCUUCAUGCAAUGGAGGUUUAUAGGAGUGACGGGAAAUUGUCUGGGUUCGGUGAUUUGGCCGAUAGGUAUGAGCUUGUGAAAAUCGGUGGAUCAGAUUACCAUGGAAGAAGUGGGCAAGAUGAGUCCGACCUGGGGAGCGUUGCUCUGCCAGUUCUUGCCGUGUAUGAAUUCUUGAAGCUAGCUCAACCUAUUUGGCACAUUGCUAUGAGAGACAUGUUGUCAAUGUUUGCCGACGAGCCCUCUGAUAUCAAUCUACAGAAGAUUAUCAGGUUCGGAAAGUUCAACCUCACCAAGGAAUAUUCAGGUGUGAGCUGUGGCAAAGAUGUUCUUGAUCUGUGCCUAUCUUCAUGGCUAAAUAAUGAAGAAAGAGAGAAUUCCGAACUUGAGGCCAUCAAGGUGCAACUUUCUGAUACCGUUCUUUGUGAUAGAAAGAAAUGCCUGUAAGGAGCAGAUGAUUUCUUCUGGUCUUUCUCUUUCCAAUACUUGAUCGAAACAUUUUGAGCCGGUUUAAACUAGAUGGAAGUUACCUGAUUAUUACAAAAGAAAAGUUUAGGUCUUUUUGGAAAUUCAUCUUUCCUGUUUCUUCGGUAACUGAGUUGCAUGUGAUAAGAGAAAAUUCUGGUAGAACUUUGUCAAAACACAUGUGCAUAUUUAUCAUCAAUAUAUUUUUCUUCUUGA